UGCUCUCUGGCUUACACGCCCAGCUGCCCACCAGGUUAAAUUUCCAUCAAAGACAGGAGCUGCGUGGAAGGAGCCACGAUGUCCUUCGACAGAUGAAUGGAAAAGGAAGCUGUGAUCUACAUAUACAGUGGAACAUUGCUCAGCCAUCAGAAAGGAUGAAUACCCACCAUUUGCUUCAACGUGGAUGGAACUGGAGGUGAUCCUAGACACAGAAGACAACAGGAAGAUGUCUUACUGAGAAAGACCCCCUUCAAUUUGACCAUGAGUCAAACAAGGAAGCAAAAUUCCUCAAAUGGAGAAACUAAACCCCGGACUUCAUUUGUGAACAAAUUCUUCAGGGGCUCAAAACUCAUGUCCUCCAAAGCUGGGAGCAGAAAAGGAACCAAUGACCUUGAAACUGAUUUCCAACCCAGCAACGACGUAAAGGAAACAACCACCUUAGAUACUGCUAAGCCUCUCACCCCAGACACCGCGUCGGGAUCCAGGAUGGAGAAGAGCCAGCACCUGCCGCCCCAGCUGGGCCCGACGGCCGCAGACCGGAGUCUCGAUCUGAAUAACCGCGGACUGACGCCCGGGGACGUGAGGGCAGUGGUUGCCUUGCUGCCUCUUCUCCCAGACUUGGAAACACUGGAUAUUUCCUGGAAUGAUGUUGUCGGUGGAACCCUCCGUUCAAUCACCCAGCAAAUGCAUCUUGUCAGCAAGCUAAAAAUCCUGAGGCUGGGAAGUUGCAGACUUACCACUGAUGAUGUUCGAGCCCUGGGAGAAGCACUCGAGGCAAUACCUGAACUGGAGGAGCUGAGCUUGUCCUGGAACAGUAGGGUGGGAGGAAACUUGCCUCUGAUCCUCCAGAAGUUCCAAGAAGGGAGUAAGAUACACACGCUUGAGCUUGUGGAUUGUGACCUCACAUCAGAAGACGGGACCUUUGUGGGUGACUUGCUGCCCGUGAUGCAAAACCUCGAAGUACUUGAUCUUUCCAUUAACAGAAACAUCGGUGCCAGUCUGAACAGUAUUGCUCAGGGGUUAAGAAGUACCUCAAAUCUGAAAGUACUGAAGUUGCAUUCAUGUGGAUUAUCACAAGACAGUGUCCGACUAUUGGAUGCUGCUUUUCGGUACUUGUGUGAACUGAAGAACUUAGACCUUUCCUGCAACAGGGAGCUGGGUGGAGGUUUUGAAGACUCCUCAGCUCAGCUGGCCGCGCUGGAGCAUCUAGAAGUCCUGGAUCUUCACCAGUGCUCGCUAACGGCCGCCGACGUGGCAUCUCUGACCCAGGUAAUCCCUUUACUGUCGAGUCUUCAAGAGUUGGAUUUAUCUGCCAACAGAAAGAUGGGCAGCUCUUCUGAAAACCUACUCAGCCGACUCCGAUUCUUACCGGCCCUGAGGUCCUUACUGGUCAACGGUUGUGCUUUGGAGAGCGAGACCUUCGCCGCCCUGGCUGAAGCCUCCACCUACCUGCCUGCUCUGGAAAUAGUCGACCUUUCUUGGAAUAAAUGUGUUGGUGGCAACCUGAAGCUGCUUCUGGAAAUGCUGAAGUUCCUGGCGGCCCUUCGAGUGCUGAGACUGAGCAGCUGUGCCCUGGUGACGGAGGACGUGGCCCUCCUGGCAUCGGUGAUACAGGCGGGUCAUCUGGCCAAGCUGCAGAAGCUCGACCUGAGCUAUAACGACAGCAUCUGUGAUGCAGGAUGGGCCAUCUUCUGCCAAAAUGUGGGGUUCCUCAAAGAGCUAAGCGAGCUGGAUAUCAGCCUUCGGCCCUCAACCUCCCGGGAUUGCGGACGCUGGUUUAGACACUUGUUACGUGCUGUCGCCAAACUUUCCAAUAUCACUGAGAUAGGCAUGAAAAGAUGGAUCCUCCGCACCUCACAGGAGGAAGAACUAGAACAUUUUCAGCAAGAUCACAGAGGCAGCAUUCACUUUGAGCUGGGCGAGGGUCAGUAGGCUGGCCUCCCAAGGCGUCACUACGCUAUAGGAAAAAACAUGAAUGAGAUUCCUUCAUUCAGUGUAAUUAGAGUGUCAGCUUCUGGGCUGUUUGGUUGGCCCCAUGUUACAAAAGCGUUGUAAAGGGACGCCUGGGUGGCUCAGUGGUUGAGCACCUGUCUUUGACUCAGGGUGUGAUCCUGCAGUCCUGGGAUCGAGUCCCACAUCAGGCUCCCUGCGUGGAGCCUGCUUCUUCCUCUGCCUG